AUGCAGAAGGCCUCGUACUACGACAGCUCCACGCUCUUUGGGGGCUACUCCUACGCCAAUGGGUUCGGCUACGAGGGCGCCCAGCCGCCCUUCCAGGCCUCUUCCCACCUGGAGAGCGACUUCCAGAGGUCCUCCUGCUCCCUGCAGUCCCACGGCAAGAGUAAGGAGCUCAACGGGAGCUGCAUGCGGCCCACGGAGCCGCCGGCAUCGCCCAAUGCCAACAGCGCCAACAGCGCCAACAAUGCCGGUAAAAACAGCCCCGGGAAAUCCAGCCUGGGCUCCAGCGGCAGCAUCUCCAAGCAGAUCUUCCCCUGGAUGAAGGAGUCGAGGCAGAACUCCAAGCAGAAGAACGGCUCGCCCGGCGCAGAAACCUGCAGCGGCAGUGGAGGCGGCGGCGAGAAAAGCCCCCCAGGCUCCUCGGCCUCCAAGAGGGCGCGCACGGCCUACACCAGCGCCCAGCUGGUGGAGCUGGAGAAGGAAUUCCACUUCAACCGCUACCUGUGCCGGCCGCGGCGCGUGGAGAUGGCCAACCUGCUGAACCUCAGCGAGCGCCAGAUCAAGAUCUGGUUCCAGAACAGGAGGAUGAAGUACAAAAAGGAUCAGAAAUCCAAAGGCAUGGGCGGCUCCUCUUCUGGGGGGCCCUCCCCGGCGGGCAGCCCCCCGCAGCCCAUGCAGGCCUCGGCGGGGUUCCUCAACGCCUUGCACCCCAUGAGCGGCGCCUACGAGGCGCCGUCGCCGCCGUCCUUCGGCAAACCCCACCAGAACGCCUACGCCGUGCCCAACCCCGGCUACCAGGCGGCCCUGAAGGGUUGCCCAAACCAGCAGAAAUUCGCCGGGGCCGCGGCGGCGGCGGCCGAGUACGAGCCGCACGUGCUGCAGGCCAACGGCGCGGCCUACGGCGCGGGCACCAUGCAGGGCAGCCCCGCCUACGUCGGAGGGAACUUUGUGGAUUCUCUGCCCGCCUCGGGCCCGGCCCUGUACGGCCUCAACCACCUGGGCCAGCAGCACCAGGCCGGCGCCAUGGACUAUGGAGGGGUCCCGCCGGGCCAGCCCCACGGACCGUGCGAGAGCCACGCCGCCUACGCGGAGCUCUCGUCGCACCACGCAACUUCUCAGGGCAGAAUCCAAGAGGCGCCCAAGCUCACCCACCUGUGA